ACAUAACCUUCAAAUAUCUAAAUAUGUCAUAAAAGAAAUUCUGUUAUCGACAAAAAUAUUUCUUCCCUCUUAUCAAAUCUGUUACCUAUGUUUUACGAAGAUGUGGAAAAGAAUUUACAGGGCGUGAAUGCUUGUAGAAAGAGAGGUGAUGAUUUUGCUGAAUUUGCCUAAUUUAAUCAGUUUCAUCUUGCAUCAGAUAACAGGAAAUAGAAAUUUGCGUUCUGCCUUCUGAUCAACAGCUGAAAAUAUGGAAGUAUUUCGUACUGAUUCUUUCUAUAUCUUUAAAAAAGGAGAAAAUUCCUUGUGGUGCGAUCGAUCAACUGGUUGUUUCAUACCAAAAACAGCUUGGUCAUUAACUGAGGCAGAUGAUCCAGUAUGUUUGGGUACAUGUGACGGUAUUAUUGGAAAAGUAUCAGCUUCUGUUUUUGAUCCUCGACUGAUGGUGAUUCGGGAAAGCUCUCUUGUUGGAACACUUCACGGCGAACACAAUGUUUAUAAAGUAAAAUCCAUAGCUUUCAUACCUCUUUGCUUGGAAGAAACUGAAAUAAAUCUGAAACCUUGCCAUAAACAUAAAAAUAUUUCAAACGCUAACAAACAAAAUAAUUCCAUAUUCGACAUACAGAAAAGCGGGGCAUUCAGUAAAACAUGGGGAACAAUAAAGAAUGCAGGAAAUUCUAUUAAAAACACAACCCAACAGGCAGCUGCCAUUGCAACUGGAACACCAAAAAAACGAGAUGGAAGGGAUAGAAAUCGGUUUGAGCGUCAAAUUAUUGAAGAAUUUCACAAAAUAUUCACUGACACAAAUUCUUUUUACUACUCAAAUACCACUGAUCUUACAAAUUCCUUGCAAAGAUUGUGUAAUUUGGAAAAAACGGGUAAAAUAAAGGGAAUUCCAUUGUGGAGAAUUGCCGAUGACAAGUUCUUCUGGAACAAAUUUAUGGUUAAGGAUUUUAUCGAGCCAAAUAGUUCAUUGUAUGACCCAUGGAUUUUACCGAUAAUUCAGGGUUAUAUCCAAAUAGAAAAAUGCAGGGUUAACACAGAGCUGUAUUACCAAAGCAAUAUACCAUGUGAUAAAUCUUAUGAAAUUUUCACACUGUCCAUAAUAUCAAGAAGAAGCAGAUUUAGAGCUGGAACUAGGUAUAAGAGACGAGGUGUGGAUGAGCAGGGUCACGUAGCUAAUUAUGUGGAAACCGAGCAACUCAUAUCGUAUCACAGUCACGAAGUGUCAUUUGUUCAAGUCAGAGGAUCUGUACCGGUGUAUUGGUCCCAACCAGGCUACAAAUAUAGACCCCCACCCCGUAUAGAUAAGGGAGAAAAGGAAAAUCAGGAAGCUUUCGAAAAGCAUUUCUGCAAUGAAAUAAAGACCUAUGGUCCCAUCUGCGCUAUAAAUCUGGUCGAUCAGUCAGGCCACGAAAAAGUUAUUUUCGAUGCUUAUUCUAAUCAGAUUUUUCAGUUUGACAGUCCUUUCAUUACGUAUGUUACUUUCGAUUUCCAUGAGUAUUGUCGAGGAAUGCAUUUUGAGAAUGUGUCUGUCCUUAUGAACGCAAUAGCGGACAUAUUGAAAGAGAUGAACUAUUGUUGGAGGGAUCAGCAUGGGCAUAUCUGUUCCCAGAAUGGGGUUUUUAGGGUGAACUGUAUUGAUUGUCUUGACAGAACAAAUGUUGUUCAGACCGCAAUCGGGAAAGCUGUUAUGGAAAUACAAUUCUGUAAACUGGGGCUUACGCCACCAGAAGGUCCCAUACCCGAAAAUAUCAGGAGUACCUUCCAGCUGCUCUGGGCAAAUAACGGAGAUACAAUAAGCAAACAAUAUGCAGGGACCAAUGCUUUGAAAGGGGAUUACACCAGAACUGGAGAACGAAAAAUCUCUGGAAUAAUGAAAGAUGGGAUGAAUUCGGCUAAUAGAUACUACAAUAAUCGUUUCAAAGACUCCAUAAGACAAAGUUGCCUCGAUAUAUUACAUGGGGAACGUUUGAGUGAAAUUGAUCUGGGUGAUAUGUGGAGUUACUUGAAUAAAAUAUCGAAUAUCGCUGUAGAAUAUCUGCCGGAAGACACAACGUUAUGUUCCACACCUCAGUUUGCACUCGAUCAAGAAUACGCUCUAGCCAAUGUUAUGUAUCAUAUGUUUAGAUAUUAUUUGAGCCGAUUCAAAGAUUCCACUAGACAGGGAACAAUUGAUUUGAUGUUAGGUAAUAAGGUCUCAGAAGAAAACUUCAUUGUUUCCAAAGCAAGCCAGCCUGAGGACGAUCAUAUGGCCACAGCAGAGCAUAUCAAAUUGCUCUUCGAAGAUUGCAAAAAGAUGUUGAUCAAACAACCGGAACACACCCUCGGUAUUUGGGGUUUGAUCAACGCAGAUCCCACAACAGGCGAUGUGCAUGAAACAGAUAUCGAUUCUAUAUUAAUUUUGACUAGAGGCUCAUAUUUCAUAGCGGAUUAUGAUGACCAAGUGGAUAAAAUCACAAAGUACCAAGAAGUGUUGCUCCAGGACAUCUCUUCACUUGAAUGCGGAAUGGGUGAUAUGGGAAAAUCGUUGUUUGGCAGUUCCAAGAGCAAACCUUGCUUGAGGAUCAACUACAAAGUGAAUAAUAUCGGUGGAUAUUAUCACAUGUUCAGAUCGGCUUGUUUUGGAUUCUUCAAUAAUAUGCCCAUGUGCAUCAAGAGCACAGAGGAUGAAAUGGAAUAUUUGAAGUCGAUCUGCGAAUCCUUCUUGAUUUCAUUCGAUGUAUGCCAGUUACCGCAGGUACCAUGCACCCAAGGACAAAUUUUAGACAAACGCAAAUCUAAGGUAAUAAAUGAACCCUUAUCCGGAAACAUGUAUCUGGACGUGGUUGGUAUACCUCAAAUGACCAGAAAUGUUUCUGAAAGUCAAUUGUUGGUCCUUAAGAAUGUUGGAUCCAAAGCUUUGUCCAACAUGUCGAACCAGUUCUCGAAACUGAACAGAAUCGGAAGUAAGCUAAAAAGAGGGAAAUCUCGACCGGCUAAUUUUGUGGUUGGACAAAAUAAGUUGGAAGUGUCCAGCGAUUCCGAAGAGGAAGGGGAUAGCAGUAUAUUUCAACCAGACGCUAGAGAUCCAAAUUAUGGAGGCAAUACGAGUUCGAGUGGUGAGAUAGAGCAGGGUGAGGAAGCCGAUGAGGGAAGUUACUUAUCGGGAAGUAAACCAGAUUCAUUUUUACCCGGAGUUGGUAUAGUGAUGGCGAGUAACUGCGAUGGUGACGGUAAAAAUGCCCUUGACUCCAAAAGUCAUUUGCUUAAACAUCAAGAUUCUAACCUCGAUAACAUACAGCUAACGAGUAUAAUGCAAAACGUUAAUAUUACCAAACCAGACAUUCAAAUAAACUCGGGUAACGCUUUGUUCGAUUCAGAACUCACCUCAACUAUGGAUAAAAAAAUGAGUCACUCUUACAGUGAAGUCGAUGAAAGUAUAAAUAACUCUAACCCGUCCAGCGCUAGACUGGACAAACGAUCAUGUUCAGACUAUGAGGUUACGUUGAACAUCUCGCAGUCUCAGAGCGAAUCGGCCCUGAAGAAUAAAUUGACUAACUUAACAUCACCAGUAGCUUCUGUCACUAGGGAUCUGGUAUUCUCGCCUUUCAGCAAACUUGCGAAAGGUGUACAGAAUAUUGGAUCUAAUAUAGAUAGAAAAUUCAGCGGGCAAGUGAGGAAUGUAUCGGAGAAGGAGCUGGAAGAGCACAGGAUGCUUCAGGAAAAAUGGCAUAACUGCAAGACAAAACUGAUUGCCCUCUAAAGGUUCAGUUUAUAGUUGAUGUACUAGGCUGCUUUGACUGUUAGUUUUGUCUGUGGAUUUCUAAAUGCUUGGGAAUUUGCUACAACUAAUGAGCGUAAAGGAGGUAUGUACUUGAAAAAUAAUCUUCGAAUUAAACUUUCUUUCAGACACUUAAUUUUCCAAACAAAGCAGUUUCUCAGAUUGCCUCAGAAUCACUCGUUGAAAUAAGUUGAAAAUUUUGCCUGGAAAGGCUGAAAAAAAUUAUGAUGGGGAAGGAAAUCCUAUGGUGAAAACGGAAUGCAAUUAUUAUAAAGUGUUAUGUUAAAUUCUCUAAUGUUUUCCAUUUCUUAUAACUUCCAUAAUUAGAUUUUCACACAAUUUGUAAGGGAAAGCAACAAUAAUCAUUGUCAUAAUUAUGUGGCACAUGUUAUAUUAUCACAACACAUAACAAUCUUAAUUCUUUAACUCUGGACAGAGGAAAAUUGGCAUGAUGGUUCACGAAAGUAUUGAUGAAUUUAUCAUAAAUUAUUUAUGCAUUUUUUUUAUUCCAUGAUAAUCUCAAAUUAUAAACAGUAUUUUUAGCUUUUAAGUUGAUAAUUUUUUAUUAUUUAACCACAACACGAUAUUUUUCUUGAAUUGUUCAUUCUUUAUGUACUUAUUUUAUACUUAUGUUCUUUUGAUCUAGUCAGAAAUAUUUAUAAUAGUUGAAUGUGUUGUUACUGUUAGAAAUCAUUGUUGCUCAUUUAUAGGUAGAAAGCUUCUACAAUUCUACUUUGAUUCAUAUACACCAUUCACAAAACUGUGAAAGUGUGAAAUGCGAAUGGAAUAUAAAAAUUUUUUGACUGGUUUUGCUCAAAUAACGAUUAUUCUUGUCUGUAUUUUUCGCGUAUUUCACACUUAUUGGAUAUUUGUUGCAAAAUCGACGACUGCUGAUCAGCUCUCUAUUCUGAUGAAUUUUUCAGAGACUAAUAAUAAUUUUCCAAAAUAUUUUCACACUUCAAUCAAGUUUUUGGAUUGUUCUGAAAAUUUCCUGGACAUAUAUAAUUCGAAUUUCGUGGAUCGAAAUAACUUGACUGAAAAUUAGGAAUUCUUGUGUUAGUUCUGUUAGAAAAUUUACCGAAUGUGAUCCUAAACAACGAUUUAGUUUUUUCUAGAGGAGAAAAUAUGCCCAAAAGUUGCCAAAUACUUGCUACAAUUGUAAACCAGAAUAGGGACAUUUUGAACAAAUAAUUAGCCUAAUCACAGCUUGAAACCUAGUUAUAGCAAACAUGUCAAUUAUUAAACAUUCCUUUCUUUUAGGAAUUGUUUUUUUAUUGGAAUUAUAGAAUUAUGCACUCAGAAUAAAUCUUUAGAAAGCA